AUGGCUGGAGAAGACAUCCCAAGAGGCAUUUCUAUGGAGCAAGCUCAAAUUAUGAAUCUCCAACAAAGGCAAGAAGAGAUAAUGGAGCAGCUUGCACGUUUAACUCAAGCAUUUGAAAGGAUUGGAGUUCAGCAGCAACCUCAAGCAUCAAGGAGGGCUGUUCAUAAUGAUGAAGGUGAAGAAAAUGCAACUGGAAACGAUGAUAGUGAAGUUGAACAACCAUGGCAAAGGAGGCAGCAAAGAGAUUCGGGAAACAACAUCAAAAUGAGGAUUCCACCAUUUAAAGGGACUAGCUCACCAGAAGAAUACUUGGAGUGGGUGCAACGAGUGGAAAAGGUCUUCGAAUAUCAAGAAUAUUCUGAGGUACGAAAAUGCCAACUUGCAGCUCUUGAGUUUACAGAUUAUGCUAAUCUAUGGUGGGAAAAUUUAAAAGCACAACGUAGAAGGGAUGGAGAAGAGGAUGUUAGAAGUUGGGGGGUUAUGAAACGUCUAAUGAAGAAACGAUUUGUUCCAGAAUACUAUAAGCAAGAGUUGUAUAUCCGCUUGCAAAGUCUUAGGCAAGGUGGCAUGAGUGUUGAGGAUUAUGUUAAAGAAUUUGAAAUGUUAAUGAUGAGAUGUGAAUUACAAGAACUUCAAGAGCAGACCAUUGCUAGGUUCAUAGGGGGAUUAAAUAGAGAGAUUGCCAACAUUGUGGAAUUACAACCUUUUGUGUUCUUGGAGGAUAUCAUCAAACUUGCCAUUAAAGUGGAAAGGCAGCUAAAGCGCAAUCCAACUAAGCAUAUGGUGUCUCGGCAAACUGGUAGCAAAAUAACCAACUCUCUUUCUACGUCAACAAGAGGCUCAUUUGCAGAUUGGGGUACAAAUCAAAAGGAGAAGGGGGACUCUAGCAAACCACCAGCAAGAAUGGGCAAAGAAAAGGAGAAAGUGGGUAACCCUAAUCCUCCACAAAGGAGCAGGGAUAUCAAAUGUUUUAAAUGCCUUGGCCAUGGUCAUAUUACUUCUGAAUGUCCAAACAAAAGAGUAAUGGUUCUUCGGGGAACACAAGAAGAGGUAGAAAGUGAAGAUGAGGCAGCACUAGAAGAAGAAGAUGAAUGUAUGGAUGAAGAAAGUUUACAUGCUGAUGAUGGGGAAUUACUUAUGAUUCGGCGAUCCUUGAAUUUACAAGCAAAAUUAGAUGAUGAGCAGCGUGAGAACAUCUUCCAUACUAGAUGCACCAUCAAUGAGAAGUUGUGUGGAGUAAUUAUAGAUGGAGGAAGCUGUGCUAAUGUCGCUUCUACUACUAUGGUGGAGAAAUUAAAUUUGGCAACAACAAGGCAUCCCCACCCAUACAAGCUGCAAUGGUUGAAUAAUAAUGGAGAAAUAAGGGUUACAAAACAGGUUGUUGUGCCAUUUUCAAUUGGAAAGACCUACAAGGAAGAAUUGUUAUGUGAUGUGAUUCCAAUGAAUGCUACUCACUUGCUUUUGGGAAGGCCGUGGCAGUAUGAUAGAAGGGUUAUUCAUGAUGGAUUCAAAAAUACAUACUCUUUUGUCAAGGAUGGGAAAAGCAUAAGUUUGGUCCCUCUUAGUCCUCAACAAGUGCAGCAAGAUCAGCUCUUAAUGGAGAGGGGAAAGAAAGAAAGUUUGCUUGUAGGUAAGAAAGAAGUAGAACGAGCCUUGUCCAUUCACAACUUGGUUCUAGUGCUAAUUGUAAAGGAAGCAACAUCAGACAAGGAGCCACCUUACCAAAUAGACCAGCAUAUAGAACCAACCCAGAAGAAGCCAAGGAGUUGCAUCGGCAAGUAA